CAGCAGGACGCACGGCGCAGGCGCCCACCCAGCGUGCGUAAACGACGUCAAAUCCGUACGGAAGCGCAAAAGCGCCGCACAGGCGGCGUUGCUUUGUCCUCCUUGUUGAUUGUUUUUUUUUAUUAUUAUUUAUUUCAUUCACCUUCUCGGGUUUUUCUGCAAGUACAAUCAUUCUCCUCUCCUCGCAGAGAAGACCGGAGAUGCUGCGCGCAUCCUCAUCAUCUUCCCCAGGAUCGUCUUUCACAUGGUUGGCUGGAAGCAGAUGUCACUCAAUUCACAAACUGCCUGCAUGGACGUGGCAGAUUUCGGAGCCUCUAAAUAUAUCUAAUAAGGGCACAGGAGGGGGGGGGGUUAUUCUGGGAUGCUGUUGUGGUGAAGUCGAACCACGAGUGAUUGUGAGCUGAAAGAAGAGCCUGCCUGUUUCCAAACAUGUCCUCCACUUACAACGUGAGAUCCAGGGCUCGGGAGAGGAACAGCGUCCUCAGCAGACCCGAGUUCAUGUCCCUGAGCGCGCAGCCGCUCCGCGGCGGCGGCGGCGGCGGCGGCCCCGGCCCCGGCCCCGGCCCCUCGGAGAGCCGCCGCGCGUCCAGGCGACCCCCGCAGCCAGGGGCGUCAAUUGGGUAUGGCAAGCUCAAGCACCAGGCGAGCCAGCAGAGCGAAGAGCCCGCCCGAACCACUGGGAGCAAGGACAGGAGGGAGUCCACCAAGAUGCCCGAGGAAGACUGCAUGCAGCUGAACCCUUCCUUCAAGGGAAUAGCCAAGAACGCCCUCCUGGCCAUCGACAUCUGCCUGUCCAAGAGGCUGGGGGUGUGCGCCUACACGUCCUCUUCCUGGGGGGGCUGCCGCUCCAUGGUGGCCCUGUUUGCGCUCACGGGGCACGGCAUCACGUGGAUUAUUGGCACUAUACUGUGCCUCACACGGAGUAACACGCUGGCAGGGCAGGAGGUCCUAGUCAACCUGCUGCUCGCCCUCAUUCUUGACGUCAUGACGGUGGCCGGAGUCCAGAGACUGGUGAAGCGAAGAGGACCUUGGGAGAUGACGCCAGGCUUCAUGGACUGCGUCGCCAUGGACAUGUAUUCAUUCCCCGGCGCCCACGCCAGCCGGGCCGCCAUGGUGUCCAAAUUCCUGCUGUCUCACCUGGUCCUGGCGGUGCCGCUCCGCAUCCUGCUGGUGCUGUGGGCUUUCCUGGUGGGCAUGUCCCGGGUGCUCCUGGGAAAACACCACCUAACGGAUAUGAUCUGUGGCUUUGCGCUGGGCCUGCUCCACUUCUCCCUGAUGGAGACGGUGUGGCUCUCGUCCAACACCUGUCAGACUCUCAUUUCCAUAAGCACGCUCAGCUGGAGCCCCUUUUCCUGAGCUUUUUGAUACGCUAACCUUGCAAUGUAAAGGACUUUGGUAAGUCUUUUUAAGUUCUGUUUGCAAGAGUUCAAAGUUUUUUCUACUGCAGGCUGCGGAGCAAAGAAACCCAAAUGUUUGGAUGCAGCUGCUGACUUGCAUGCAAGUACGCAUGACAGGCAGGUCCCAGGACCCGUAUACGGUGGCCGAGACCCGCCAUUGCUGAAAAUAAAAGUAACGCUGCAAACAGAAACAAACGCCGCUGCAAGUAAAAUAAACGCUUUGCAAAUAAAAUAAACGCUUUGCAAAUAAAAUAAACGCUUUGCAAAUAAAAUAAACGCUGCAAACAAAAAGAAACGCCGCUGUAAAAAAAAGAAACGCUGCAAAUAAAAUAAAAAAACGACGCAAAUAAAAAAGCCACAAUGGAAGUGAAUUACCGGGGACUAUUUUUGCUGAUGCACCGGUGUUGCACAUUAAAAAUUACACGUAGCAACGUUGAACACUAACCUUUUCACUUAUUUUCUCGUUUGUUGUUCUUCUUAUUCCUCGCUCUUCUUAUUUCUUCCUUUUCACUUACGUCUUUGUCUUCUUCUCCUCU